AUGUCGCAUGAAAUCGCUAGACACCUGAGAAUACCCCAAUUGAGACACCCUAAAGAGUCACAAUCACAGCAAAUCCCACAAACACGUUCGUUACUCCUUGCAUGGCAAGUACGUAAUAAGCAUUGUUUGGUCAUUGGGGCCGGUGAUGUCGCUCUUUCACGUAUUGAACAUUUAAUCCGAGCCCAGGCUAAGGUCACAGUAGUCACAGGAGAUUCCAAAAUCCAUCCUGAAAUCACUAAAUUGAACCACCAAGGUAAACUAUUCAGUUUAAUUGCAAGGAAUUACCAUUCCAACGACUUAACCCUUUAUGAAAAUAUAUCUAUAUCUAAAGAUAUCGAUUUAAUUACUAAAGAAGAUUACGAAAAAAUCAGUCAUCUGGUAUACAAUGAAACUUUUGCGAUUGUGUGUUGUUGCAUUGACGAUUAUGAAUUAUCAACAAAGAUAUACUAUCAAUCUAAACUACUUCGUUUGCCUGUGAAUAUUGCAGACAAGCCAAAUUUAUGUGACUUUUACUUUGGAUCCAUGAUAAACCAAGACAAUUUACAAAUAAUGAUAAGCACGAAUGGAAAAUCACCAAGAUUGUCCCGUUUAAUUAAGGAUAACAUAGCCAAAGAGUUACAGGAUGUUGAUUUUAAUCAAGCAAUUGAAAACUUAGGGUUGAUUAGAAGUAGAUUGCGUGAAAAGGUGUUAGAAAAUGACGAUUUGGUUAGUAUAGAUGCAAGAAUGACUUGGAUAAAAACGUUGACUGAUUUCUUUAGCUUGAAGCAGUGGGCUGAGUUAAAGUUGAUUCCUGAAUCAAGUGCUCCACCGUACGACAACCAGUUUCAAUACGUUGAUAAUAUUAUUGCCUAUUUCCCAAGCUAUCCCCCAGAAGACUACGAUGAGUUUGUAAAAGCAGUAAUACGCUAA